AGUUAUUCCCAUAUUCUAAAAAAAAAAUUCUAAAAUAUAAAUUGACAUUAAAUGUAAUAUAUGAGUUAUUACCAUAUUUUAAAAGGUUUAUUAAAAAUAUAAAAUAACAUUAAAUGCAAUUGUUCAUCUCAUAUUAAGCUAUACGACAUGUCAUCAAUUUCAGUAGCUAUGUCAUAUUUGUUUUGUGAAAUUUAUUGUAUAAAUGACAUGUGGCAAACUCAAUUCGUAAAUAUAGUCUAGGGGAUGUGACCAGAUCUAUAAUUGUUUCAUAAAUUAUUUUUAAACACUAAAUAUGAUUUAGAAAAAUUAAUGUUAACUUAAUCUUUUUAAUCACAAAUUUAAAGUAUUUAUGUAAAUAGUUAUAUUUUAAGGGUAAAUUUAAAUAGUGGUAUCAACUUGGGAUAAAACUGAAAUUCCCAAUAAAAACAAUGUAACAUGAAACUAUUAACAACACUGUUGAUUUGCAAUUUUUUUUAUAUUCAACAUAUUGUGCUUUAUAAAAUGCUAAAUUAUAGUUGUGUCUCAUUAAGGUUUCUAUGGAGCUAAGUUACUUCCGUUAAAUCUCUGGCUCCUAGUGACCGCCGGAUCUAUUGUGCAAGAGUGUUGUUUCGCCAGAUUUGUUUACGUCUUUUUCACCGCUGCGUCUCUAUCAUACUAUGCUGUCUCAAGCAUCGACGGUUCUUCACAAAGCCGGAUUUGUGGCCUUCCCGAUCUCCUCGUCACUGGAACGAUUGUGCAAGAGUGUAGACUCGCCAGAUCUACUAACUACAUCACCGCUGCCUCCGUCACAUUACGCCGUCUCAAGCAUCGACAGUUUUUCACAGAGUCAACUAUGCGACCUUCAAACCGGAGUUGUUGCACGUAGACCUAUCGCCAUAUCAAAUCAGAUAGGACUUCAAACUUUCAAUGUUGCCUACGAUUCUAAAGCUUCUCACCUAAAGUUCUUGCCAUUCAACAUUCCAACUUCUUCUUAUAGCUUGAAGAGAAAAAUCACGGAGAAAAACGAUGACGAGAACGUGGCGUUAAUAUUGGGCGUCACACUAACAAUGUUGAAAACCAGGUGGAGAGAACCUACGCCGUUGCACGAAACUCCGAAACCAACUCCAUGACGAAGAUGUACAGUUUCAUCUCCUGCGAUCUGCUUAACGCAUCUGAGACCAAACAGAAACUGUCACCAUUACAGGACAUCGUGAGUCACGUGGUCCAGCGAGUAUCCACUGGACAGCGACGAGUGCACUACGUGUCUGAGCAAAAAUACAGGUUAGUUUUGACUGUUUACACUCCCAACAAGAAAAAGACAACAUGGCUGAGCAAAAAUACAAGAGAAGAUUCAAGAUUCGAUCUGUUCUCAUUCUAUAGAUACACCAAGCAGCAGUUCAAAAGAAGACCGCACACAGAAGCCGAUCAUGCCCUUAAGAAAAAAAAAACAAAG